AUGAGUAACCCAUUUGAACUUUUAGGUAACGACGUUGAAGAAGUCGACUCCAGAGCUCCAAGAGAAGUUGUCAAGAAGACAACCUCUUCAAAGAAAUCUGAUGUUCCACCACCAUCAGCUAACAAAGACCGUGCCAACAAAAACCGUCCUCAAGCUACUGGUAAUGAAGCUGCUUACAAAGAUGGUAAAGCUGGUAGAGCUGCCAACAAAGCUAAAGGUGUUGAAGAACCAAAAGCUUCUAAAAAACCAGUUAAAGGUGGUAAAACUGACCGUCACUCAAAGACCGGUAAAUCAGACACUCAAAAAAGAGUUAAACAAGCUGGUUGGACCGCUGAUGGUGAAGGUGAAUUAGAAAAUGAAUUAGAAGGUGCUGAAGAUGCUGCUGAAGAAUUAAAAGAAGAUUCUGAAGACAAACCAGCCAAAAAAUCUUUACAAGAUUACUUGAAAGAAAAAGAAGCUUCAACUAUCGGUGCUGCUCGUGAAAUUAGAAAAGUUGAAUCUGCUGGUGAUGAUGAAGUUUUAGUUAAAGAACAAGAAUCAUUCAUUGCUCCAACCAAAACUAAAAACGUUAAAUCAAAAGCUUUGAAAAACAAAACCUUUUUAGAUUUUGAUGCCACUUUUGCUGAUGACUUACCAAAACCAACUUCAACCAGAGGUAGAGGUAACAACACCAGAGGUAGAGGUAGCAACACCAGAGGCAGAGGUAAUGCCAGAGGUGGUAGAGCCCCAAGAGGUGGUAAAGCUCCAAAAGCUGAUGCACCAUCCAUCAACGAUGAAGCUAACUUCCCAUCAUUAGCUUAA